ACCACACACACCGCAAUGGCGUUCCGGCGGCGUUCGUGCAGCCUCCUCCUCCUCCUCCUCCUCGUCCUCCUCUCCCUGCUGGCGGUGGGCUCGCUCGCUGCUACGGGGCCCGGUGACAUCGCCGUGUUCUGGGGCCGGAACAAGGACGAGGGCACGCUGCGCGAGGCCUGCGACACGGGCGCCUACACCACCGUCAUCAUCUCCUUCCUCACCGGCUUCGGCGGCCAUGGCGGCGGCGCCAACGCCUACUCGCUUGACCUCUCGGGCCACCCGCUCGCCGGCGUCGGGAACGACAUCAAGCACUGCCAGUCCAAGGGCAUCCUCGUGCUGCUCUCCAUCGGCGGGCCAGCCGCAGCCGGAGGCGCCGGGGCCAACUACUCCCUCCCCACGGCGCGGUCCGCCGCGGAGCUCGCCGGCCACCUCUGGGACGCUUACCUCGGCGGCUCCCGCCCCGGCGUGACCCGCCCGUUCGGCGACGCGGCGCUCGACGGCGUCGACUUCUACAUCGACCAGCCGGGCGGCACCGCCGGCCACUACGACGAGCUCGCCAGGCGCCUGAGCGCCCACAACCGGAGCUACCGCGGCCGGCCCGGCGUGACGCUGACGGCGACGGUGCGGUGCGCGUUCCCGGACCCCGACCUCUCGGCGGCGCUGGCCACGGGGCUCUUCGCCCGCGUCCACGUCCGGCUGUACGGCGGCGACCUGCGGUGCGAGUGGGGCCAGUUCGACUCGUGGAACCGGUGGGCGGCGGCGUACCCGGGCAGCCGGGUGUUCGUCGGCGUGGUGGCGGCGCCGGAGGCCGACCGGGACGCGUACCUGUUCCAGAAGGACCUCUACUACGGCAUCCUGCAGUUCGCGCAGAAGGUGCCCAACUACGGCGGCCUCAUGAUCUGGGACAGGUACUACGACAAGAUCAACCACUACAUCAGCAGCAGCUAAACCUCAACUCCGAUUUCCGACCAUGUUCACUUCAGCCAAAUCUCUUCAAGUGUUCAGGUAAUAAUCAAGAAGUGUGUUAUGCAAAAAUAAAAUGGAGGAAGAAGAGUAAACUGUUAUGGAACAGGACAUCUAUAUAUCAUCUGUUCAAUGUUUCUUGUGACUAUGCUAGCUGCAACGUGCAAGAGGGUUCAGCAGUUCA